AUGAACACCCACUCUCAGUCUGUUAGUCAAUGUAAUAUUUGUGAGAAAACUUUUACCCAGAGUCUGAACAUAGAGAAACACAUGAGAAUACACAGUGGUGAAAAACCUUAUAAAUGUGAUAAAUGUGGUACAAGAUUUAACGACAAACGCAGCUUGCGUAGCCACACACAAAAUCGUAUUUGCGAAAAAUACAUGAAAACCCAUUCUGCUGAUUGUGUAUGUGAUAUUUGUGGUAAAACGUGUAGUAGGAGUUCCAACUUAAAAACACACAUGCGGAUACAUUCUGGUGAAAAACCUUAUAUUUGUGAGAUUUGUAGUAGCAGUUUUAGAUAUGGCAAGACUUAUAGAGCACAUAUGAACACCCACUCUCAGUCUGUUAGUAAAUGUAAUGUUUGUGAGAAAACAUUUUCUAAGAGUCUGAACUUAAAGAAUCACAUGAGAAUACACAGUGGUGAAAAACCUUAUAAAUGUGAUAAAUGUGGUAUAAGAUUUAACCACAAAGACAGCUUGCGUAAUCACACAAAAAUAGUAUUUGCGAAAAACACAUGA